GAUGCCAGCGCGCGCAAGGGGGCCGGCGCGGCGGCGAGCUGUGCUGCCACGGCGGGAGGCGCUUGCGCAGGCCCGCCGGCGCGACAAGACGGGGACCGGGGCCGCGCCGACGGCCUCGUGCCGGACCUGCUCUCUGAGCCCGCACGGGCGGCCGAGAGGCGGCAGCAUGGCCCCGACGUGUCGCGGGAGGUGCUCGAAUGCGUGCCUACUCGAAGGACGGGCCGCGCCGACGGCCUCCAGGAGGGCGCCCCGGCCGCGUCCGGCGUGCCGGCCGCCGCCGCGCGGCAGGCGGCGCCGCACGAGGAGGCGGCGCUUGAGGAUCACAGGCCACCCGAGCCAGCGGACAG